UAGUAGCCACGUCCCACUAGGGUCACUGUUCUCGCGUGGCCGCUCGGCGCGGCGGCGUGGGGGCGGUGGGGGAGGCCGCGGCUUUGGCCGCGGGCAGCGGCCAUGAGCAAAAGGAACCAGGUCUCCUACGUGCGGCCGGCCGAGCCCGCCUUUCUCAGCCGCUUCAAGCGGCAGGUCGGGUAUCGGGAGGGGCCCACGGUGGAAACCAAGAGAGAGCAGCUUCCACUUGCAGAUGAUGAUAGUGAGAAUGGCAGUGACAACGAAGAUGAGCAGCCUCAAGUGGUAACACUGAAAAAAGGGGACUUGACUGCUGAAGAAGCAAUGAAAAUUAAACAGCAAAUCAAAGAGGCCUUAAAGUCAAAUGAACCAGAUGCUGAACCAGAACCUGCUGAUGGAAAAAUUAUGUUCAGGAAACCAGCCAAACGAUCAUCAGAGAAGUGUUUGGACUUCAAUGUAAGUUCAAGUAAGAAGAUGAAAGAGGCAAAGAAAACUAAGAGAGAAACAACUAUUCCUCCGACUACAGCGAAGCAAGUGAAAAACAGCAGUCUUCUCUCAUUUGAUGAUGAGGAAAAUGAUGAUUAGGGGUUGUAUUUUUUUUAUAUUUUACUUACCCUUCUAGGGAUCUCAGUAAGAUUGAGUGUUUUCUUAGAACCUGAAGCGUGGUAUCUGAGUCUUCUCUUACUUUAUUAUAGUCCAACUAGAGAAAUGUAGUAUAAAACUCGGAAGAGCUAAGUCUUUGCAGUUCAGAUAGAACUGUAUGAACAGUAUGCCAUAUUUUUAUUUUAAAAGAGAAUUUAACCAUUUAUGUAAAAGCUAUCUGAGGUCACAAAUGAGUAGCAAAAUAUACCUGUACAUAUCCAGCUUAUAUAAAUUUUCAAUCAAUGCAUUUUAAAAUGUCCUUCAUGACUAAAAAUAUAUUUCCUCUCUACUUGCUGGCCUUAGUUGACAGCUGUGGUUUUUUUACCUGUUAUUGUUGACGUAACAUUGAAAAGAGAGAGACUUCACUGCUGUGGAACAGAGAGCAAAGUUUUCUGUCUCACAGCCUAACAGCAGUUUGCACAACUUCUGCAUGUGUGGUUUGGCAAACUAGCUCUAUGCAGAGCCCUUGCAGUAAGUGAGCCUGCAGUUGCUAAAUUUGUGUAGUCUUAAUCCUGUCUUUGGUGAAUGCAGUCUAAGAAGCAUCAACUUCAUCUGAAUUGAUCGUGCUAGCAAGAUACAGAAAUUUUUAUUGUAGUUGGUGAUAUCAACUAAUGCAAAAGAAAGAUGCCUAACCCCUUGGAGAUUGUGUAUUUAGGUUAUCACACUGAUGGGCUCAGUGGUUUGGUGGUGUUUUUGUGUUUUUGUUUUUUUUUUUUUAAGUAUAUUUGUUCCAGUUGGCUACCUAUAGGUUCAUCAUUAUUUGGGAUCUCAGACAGCUUAUUUAAAACUAUUAUAUUUCAUCUUUAAGAUGUGGUAAAUCAUUAUUUUGAUUUUCCUCAAGUAGGAAAUUGUAAACAGGAAAUUUAAGGCAAGAAACCUUGUGGUACAAAGUUUUACAAUGUUUCGGUUGCCCAUGUACCAUACACUGAAAGUGACCAUUUCUGUACCGUUUAUGUAACAGGAUGUGCUGAAAUUCAAAACAAUACUGAGAGCUGAUGGGACUGGGGAGGACAAAGUGGUGGAAAUGGGACUAGUGACUUUGAAAUUAUUUGGAAGUAUGAUGUGUUCUGUAACCAUAUAUAAGCAAGACCUGAGACUGCUGCAGAAUGACAGGGUAUGAGGUGAUAAAACCAGUUCUGCUGUGUGACAGGACACUUUAAAUUAUUUGGACUAUAAAGCUUCACUGAGGAGCAAAUUUGAAGUUGCUGUGUGAAACAGCUGGUUUUAGUUUGUUAAUCUGGUAUUAAACAAUAAAUUGUGUUUUCUUCAAGUGGUACAAAGAUACUUUAAUGAAAAUUUCAGUACAUAAAAUGGGAUUUUUUUGUCACCUGAUAAUGAAGCCUCUUAUGACUGCUACCCGUGUCUGUACAUACCAACUUCCUGCAGCAUAAAAUCAGACACAAGUCUGCAUGGUGUUUCACACUAAUUGUAUGAGUGCAUGUUACCCUGAUUUUGAAAAUGAAUAAACCAGUUGUCCUUUCAGAAAAUCAAAACCAGACCUAUAAUAUUAAAGUCUUGUAGCACUGGUCUGAUAUUAGACCUGCCAGAGGUGCAGUGUCACAACCUGAUUAUUCCCAUGAGGACAUGUUACAUUUGUAAAUACAUCAUUUUUCUGUAUUCUGCACAUAUAAAAAAGAAAAUCAAAUGUAAGAAGAAGAAAUACAGAAUCAAAGGUUCCCAGGGAUUAAUCUUUCCAUUUAUUUUGUAUACUUAAAGCUUGUUUGAAUACAUUAAAAAAAUAUAUACAUAUACCCAUGAGAAAUCUUGUAGCAUUACAGUAUACUGAAGGAAUAUUUGGGCUUAUUUCAGCAACUGAGUAAAUACUCUGACUUGCUGAGACUCAUCUGAAAGAAUGAUUUAACCAUUGACUGCUUACUUAAACUUUUCUGGUUCUCUUCGUCAGCACAAAAAUAUACUCGCUUACGUUUUUCGUGCACAGCCUGAGAGCUCUUAACUUUAGCUGUGAGGCAGUUUAGGAGGCAUGGCUAUCAAGAGAUAAGUGCUUGCCAAGGAUCAGAGGGAAUUUGGAUUUACCUUAAAAUUAGGCCUCCCAAAUAGGCAGCUGAUUUGGCAUGUUCAAAAUAAGAUUGAGGUCUUGUUUGAAUCUGGUUAGUAAUUCCAUUUAAAAAUUGCUAUUUCUAGUUGAAAGACUUUGGAGACUCAAGUCCAGUAGUAAAAAGAGGGUUACCUCAAAAUACUGGGUGCAGUACUUUCGCUUAAUCAUGCUCCUUGCCCUACAACUUCAUUACAGAUGUCUGGAAUGCAAAUAAAUUAAUUUGGUUUACUUGGAAAUAAUAUAAUGAAAGGUAUGUUGUCCUUCAGGCAACACAGCAGGGGAAAGAAAGGUGGAUACGGAAACCCAGUUUCUUUCCUUUAUUCUGACUGUGAUUUGUAGUGCUCUGACCAGGAGACCUUUGUAUUCAUUGUAUUUCACUCCUAGUUCCCCUAACAAUAACUAAUUGGAUAUAUUUAUUAAGAGGUGUGAGUGAUGCACAGAAGCAUUUUAGUCAAGUAGUCAUGUGAAAAUUCAGUGUUCUUAAUGUGACACACCAGGAAAAUUACACACGCCAUCAACUCCCCAUGAAACCUGUGACUAAAGAGAACAAUUACUUGUUCAUUUAGGAAAGAAAUGUGAAACUGUCUUAAGCAAUCACCUGCCUUAAGCAAUGGGCCAUGAAAAAAUAAUAAUUGCAAGAACUUUCUAAUAAAGGGGAAGCCAAAGUAAGUACAUGGAAUGUGGGCUAAGACUGGAAUGGACAAUUCUCCUGCCUUUUUCUUUCACUCUCUCUCUUCCUUGCCCCCAUCCCCCAGUCCUUUUCCCCUCCUGUAGUGGGGAAUGUGUAAGUAUUUUUUUUACUUACGGAGUUUACUCAGCUAAGUGUGAGAAGUGCUGUGGAGGAGCAAGGUAAAAGUAGCUGAGGCUUGUUACCUAAUAUGGGGAUCUUGGUCAGAUGUGGUCUGUUACCUAAUAUGGGAAUCUUGCACAGUAUUUAAUUAAUAAAGUCUUUGAAAUUUCCCAGUU